AGAAGUAGCUCGAAAGAAACCGGGAAAUGAUACUAAACUACAAAUUAAUUUGAUCGGAACAUCACGUUCGUUCUAGAGGUUUUGAUCAUCGUCGUCGUCGUCGGGAAAAUCUCCGUUGCGAAAAUGUCAGCGUACCGGUGGAAGAGCUUCGCGGAAGACGAGGACCGGCCGGAGAAGCCGCGCCGGUACGGCGUGACGGAGAUCCGCGGCCCUCACUACUCCCUCUUCAACCAGAGCCUCCUCGAGGAUAUAUUCGAGUCUAUGGGACAAUUUGUUGAUGGGUUGAAAUUUUCUGGAGGUUCACAUAGCUUGAUGCCAAAGUCCUUUAUCAAAGAUGUGACUUCUAUUGCCCAUGGCCAUGAUGUAUAUGUUAGCACCGGAGACUGGGCUGAGCAUCAACUGAAGCGAGGGCCAUCAGCCUUCAAGGAGUAUGUCGAGGAGUGCAAGCAACUGGGAUUCGACACGAUCGAGUUGAAUAUGGGGUCCCUUGAAUUACCAGAAGAAACUCUUUUGAGAUUUGUGCGCCUGAUCAAGAGCGGUGGUCUCAUGGCCAAACCGCAGUUCGCUGUGAAAUUUAACAAGUCAGAUAUUCCGAAAGGCCAAGAUAGAGCUUAUGGGGCUUAUGUAGUACCGGAGCCUCGAAGUUCUGAAUUUGUUGAAGAUGUUAAUCUCCUGAUCAGGAGGGCAGAGAGAUGCUUAGAAGCAGGGGCAGACAUGAUAAUGAUUGAUGCCGAUGAUGUCUGCAAACACGCCGAUUCCGUCCGGGCUGACAUAAUUGCAAAGCUAGUGGGCCGUCUUGGCCUCGAGAAGACCAUGUUCGAGGCAUCAAACCCUGGAACCUCUGAGUGGUUCAUUAAACGCUAUGGCCCUAAGGUUAAUCUUUUCGUGGACCACUCUCAAGUCAUGGAUUUGGAGUGUCUCCGAGGGAGCAACUUGGGUAAAAACCACGCUUCCGUUCUCAGCUCUUCUUACUUCCUCCUUUGAAUUGGAGCAACCAUCAACGUGUACAUGGUUUGGGCUUCAAGAUUCAGCAGUAUUCAUGGUAUUGUGCUAUCUGUAUGUUCACAUGCUAAAUAUGUUCUCAAAUAUAUUAGAAACUGUGACAUUUAUGUGAAUGUAAUCCGUGUCUAGGUCGACAUUCCAUCCUGGUAAUACGAUAUAUGGAUAAUGUAGAACGGUACUUUCUUGAGUAAAAUGGAAUUCCAACGUGUGCUUCCAUGUUA